GUCACAACAGCUAGAGUUAGAGUUUUAGAAUUAGCUGGCUUGGCACCUGCUCCAUUCUGUGGAAUGAUAUUAUCAGAUUUUGGUGCCCAAGUGAUUCGAGUGGAUAAAAUCAAUUCUUCUCACGUCCCAAUGGAUACUAUGGGUAGAGGCAAGAGGUCGAUAGCAUUAAACCUAAAAAGCUUGAAUGGAGUUGAUAUUCUGAAGAGUCUAUGCAAGAAGUCUGAUGUCCUUCUUGAACCAUUCCGUCAUGGAGUGAUGGAAAGUUUAGGGCUUGGUCCUGAGGUCCUACUUAGUGAAAAUCCAAAACUAAUUUAUGCAAGACUAACUGGAUUUGGCCAAUCUGGAAAAUAUGCAAGAUCUGCGGGCCAUGACAUCAAUUAUGUCUCUCUGUCAGGUUUGCUAUCGAAGCUUGGAAAGAAACAUGAGAACCCCGUGUCACCCCUAAAUCUACUUGCUGACUUUGCUGGUGGGGGUGUUAUUUGUGCAUUAAGAAUUACAAUGGCUUUGUUAGAACGGAUACAAUCAGGACAAGGGCAGGUGAUUGAUUCAAGUAUGGUUGAAGGUUCUUUUGUAUGGAAAUCUCAAAAACUGGGUCUGUGGAGUAGAUCAAGGGGAGAGAAUCUACUCGAUGGUGGAGCUCCUUUUUAUUGCACAUACAAAACCUCGGAUGGAAAGUAUAUGGCAGUAGGUGCUCUUGAACCACAAUUCUACAAGGAACUGUUGAAGGGGGUGGGGCCUGGCAGCCAAGAUGGCCGGACGCACUUCACACAAGCUCCCACAAAGAUGAGCAAAAUUAAGCGAAUACCGUGCGACCUACCAGAGCUGGCGGCACACAGGGGUCAGGGACCGACUCAGCAGACCGGGAGCAACAAAUUGACACCGGUCCGGCACCUGUGCGCGGUGGAAAACUCAUUGCUGGCCACACGGUGGCCUACAAUAGAGUUAAAGGAAAUUAAACAAUUCCAAAAUGAUCCGAAUUUCACUUUUCUCGAAUCCAGAUUGAAACAAAAUCUGGAUUAA